CUGCCUGCGCACUUCCGGCCUUGCGCCGCAAGCACUUCCGGGGCAGAGCACGCGAGGGCGCGCGCACGUGGGGCCGCGGCAGAGAGAGGCGAGCCCCCAUCCGUAGGAAUGGGUGAAUUUAAGGUCCAUCGAGUACGUUUCUUUAAUUAUGUUCCAUCAGGGAUCCGCUGUGUGGCUUACAAUAACCAGUCAAACAGAUUGGCUGUUUCUCGAACAGAUGGCACUGUGGAAAUUUAUAACUUGUCAGCAAACUACUUUCAGGAAAAAUUUUUUCCAGGUCAUGAAUCUCGGGCUACAGAAGCUCUGUGUUGGGCAAAAGGACAGCGACUCUUUAGUGCUGGACUCAAUGGAGAAAUUAUCGAGUAUGAUUUGCAGGCAUUAAACAUCAAGUAUGCCGUGGAUGCCUUUGGAGGACCCAUUUGGAGCAUGGCUAUCAGUCCCCAUGGUUCUCAGCUUUUGGUUGGCUGUGAAGACGGAUCUGUGAAGCUAUUUCAAAUCACCCCAGACAAAAUCCAGUUUGAAAGAAAUUUUGAUCGGCAGAAAAGUCGCAUCCUGAGUCUCAGCUGGCAUCCCUCCGGUACCCACGUUGCAGCUGGCUCCAUAGACUACAUCAGUGUGUUUGAUGUCAAAUCAGGGAGUGCUGUUCAUAAGAUGCUGGUGGAUAGGCAGUAUAUGAGUGUGUCUAAGCGGAAGUGUAUCAUAUGGGGCGUGGCCUUCUUGUCUGAUGGCACCGUCAUAAGUGUGGACUCUGCUGGGAAGGUGCAGUUCUGGGACUCCGCUACUGGGACGCUUGUGAAGAACCAUCUCAUUGCCAGUGCUGAUGUGCAGUCCAUUGCAGUAUCUGAUCAAGAAGACAGUUUCGUGGUGGGCACAGCCGAGGGGACAGUAUUCCAUUUUCAGCUGGUCUCUGUGACUUCCAACAGCAGUGAGAAGCAGUGGGUGCGGACAAAGCCAUUCCAGCAUCAUACACAUGACGUUCGAGCCGUGGCCCACAGCCCGACAGCACUGAUAUCUGGAGGCACUGACACCCAUUUAGUUAUCCGACCUCUCAUGGAGAAGGUGGAGGUUAAGAAUUAUGAUGCUGCUCUCAGAAAAAUCACUUUUCCCCAUCGACGUCUCAUUUCCUGUUCAAAAAAGAGGCAGCUUCUCCUUUUCCAGUUUGCUCAUCACUUGGAACUUUGGCGACUGGGAUCUACAGUUGCAACAGGAAAGAAUGGGGAUACCCUUCCACUUUCGAAAGACGCAGAUCAUUUGCUGCACCUCAAAACAAAGGGUCCUGAGAACAUUAUUUGCAGCUGUAUCUCCCCUUGUGGAAGUUGGAUAGCCUAUUCUACAACUUCUCGGUUUUUUCUUUAUCGGUUGAAUUAUGAACAUGACAACAUAAGCCUCCAAAGGGUUUCCAAAAUGCCAGCAUUCCUUCGCUCUGCUCUUCAGAUUUUGUUUUCUGAAGAUUCAACAAAACUCUUUGUGGCAUCAAAUCAAGGGUCUCUACAUGUCAUUCGGCUAUUGGAAGGAAGCUUCAAGCACCUGCAUACUUUCCAGCCUCAGUCAGGGACGGUGGAGUCCAUGUGUCUUUUGGCAGUCAGUCCGGAUGGGAAUUGGCUAGCUGCAUCAGGUACCAGUGCUGGAGUCCAUGUGUACAACAUAAAACAUCUGAAGCUUCACUGCACCGUACCUUCCUAUAAUUUCCCUGUGACUGCUCUGGCCAUUGCCCCCAAUACCAACAACCUUGUCAUUGCUCAUUCUGACCAGCAGGUAUUUGAGUACAGUAUCCCGGACAAACAGUAUACAGAGUGGAGCCGGACCAUCCAGAAGCAGGGCUUUCAUUACCUUUGGCUCCAGAGGGAUACUCCCAUCACACACAUCAGUUUUCAUCCCAAGAGACCAAUGCACAUCCUUCUCCAUGAUGCAUACAUGUUCUGCAUCAUUGACAAGUCAUUGCCUCUUCCAAAUGACAAAACCUUACUCUACAAUCCACUUCCUCCCACGAACGAAUCAGAUGUUAUCAGGAGGCGUACCGCCCAUGCCUUUAAAAUUUCUAAGAUAUAUAAGCCUCUGCUCUUCAUGGAUCUUUUGGAUGAAAGAACACUGGUUGCAGUAGAACGGCCCCUGGAUGACAUCAUCGCUCAGCUUCCACCACCCAUCAAAAAGAAGAAAUUUGGGACCUAAAAUAGGGCACUGUCUGUGUCCUUCCUUGAACUGUCUGCCCUGUUUGUUUUCACAAAUCAUGAUAAUAAAACAAAGUUAUUCUUUAGGACUAGUCAUUAUGAAUGUUAUCUUCCAAAAUAAUGGACAGUAACUUCCCUUCAUUGACUGCAGUGAAUGGAAACUCCAAGGUAUUUGUAGUUGGGAUAAUGUUCCAAGCAGGUACAAAUUCAUCCGACUUUGUCAGGGUCCUGUUGUUUAGACCACAGUCUCAGGGGGGAUAAAAGAUGGUACUUCUCUUCUCUUCCCUCACACAUGCCUGAGGCUUCAGAGGGCUGAUGACCUUCACUGUCUGCCAGCCUCCUGCCUGCAGCCAGUGCAGAGGCCUGGGGACCUGCCCACCACUGCCCUAGAGGGCAGGCGAACUGUGCUUGUUCACUCAAGAUAGCC